AUGGCAAAGGAAAAGGCAGCUGCCAAUCUUGGUAGCUUGAUUGAUUUGGAAACUGAUCCUCAGCCUCAACAGGCACAACAAACAGAUCCACCUAAAGAGACUUCCAAUACCUCAACUCCACCUUCCUCAGCAGAUAAAGUUUCCAGUUUGAAUUUACUGGAAUCGUUGUUUAUUGACAUGUCAACUCCAGCAGUUGCGUCGACAGAAACACCAGCUGCUACUGAAGCAACAUCAGUUGCAACUGUAGUUUCUAGUGGUUUUGGACCUACAGUGGCUUCGCCCGAAAGUACCCAAGCGUUGCCUGGACCUAAUGAUUCCACUGAAAAAAUAACCAAUGGACAACAGACGCGAUCGAUCAAUAAUAAGCUUUCUGCAGUGGCUAUGGGGAUCAAUAGCUCCAGUAUUCAACAGAGUACUGCAUCAUUUGAUGCUUUAUAUGGUCAGCAAAAUACUGGAAAACCUACAGGAAAUGCUGAAGCACCAACUGCAAAUCAAGCUGCCUCUGUGACAACAAAUGAUCCAAAAUCUGUAGGAAGAAAAGAACUCCCAGCGGACCUUUUCACAUCAUGCUAUCAUCCUACAGCUGUUCCGGGUUGGCAAUUUCGCCCUCACGGCAUGCAAUACCAUCCGGCUGCAAUGUCAAUUCCAGCUCUCCCAAACUCCGCAAAAUCAAGAAAUCCAUUUGAUAUUGGUCAAGACGGCCCUCAAGUUCAAGCCCCAGAGUUCCCGUCCAUGUUAACUAUGCAAGCAGCACUGCCAACUGUUUCAGCUCCAAUAAGUGUACAGCCUCAGCAACUGCCUUAUGCUUUUGCACUGCCUCCACAAACAGCUAAUUAUGGAAUGACAAUUUCUGGAGUUCCUGCAGGACCAUAUGUAGGACAACAGAUACCGAACAACAUGGCCCUUACCGUACCACAAGGGAAUACUAGCAUUGGCAAAGAUGAAGCCGCCUUCGCUUCCCUAAAUCCUCUUCAACAGUCCAAUGGCACAUAUCCAACGCCUGCUACAUCGAAUAGCUUUUCAUCUGGGGGAGGAAAUCCAUUUGGAUAAUUGAAAAAGAAACAUACAAGACUUCACUUGUUCCAGUUUCUUUUAUCCCACCACUCACAUAAUCUUAGAGAAGCUAGUAUCAGUCGGUUUGGUUAAAGCUAUGCUGCUCGAAUCCUCCAAAAAUGCUGGCGUACUAGUGUAAGAUCCUCCAAAAUAUAUAACUUUUUAAAAUCUGAUACGGGUGCGGGGGCUUUUUAGGAUGAUCCAAGCAAUAUGGGUUAAAAGCGUACAUAUAGCAAGUAAUAUAAAUUGAAAUGUGUAGCUAUUGGUUGUAUAUAUCUGGACUGAUUUGUACUUGGGUAAAUUGUGUACAUUUUUUGACUGGACGAUGUACGUUGGUCUUUUUGCACUUCUCCUUCUGUAUGCUUUUUAUGUGUAGUUUAAGGUUUUGACA